CUCUUCUCACUUCUCACACUGUGCUUUCUACUUCUCAUCAUUCAGAACUUUUUUUAUUUUAUUUUAUCAAUUAAUUCAUUUUUCACACUGUUUCUAAUUAUUAAUAUUAAUUACUCUGGCGUUUUCUGGAGAAGAAGUUGUGAGAUCUGGUAGCGGUUUCUGAAGGUUUCAGUUUCCCAAAAAGUUACCUUUUUUUACAUGCAUGUUCAAGUUUUUACGGUUUAUUGAUUUGUGGGUUGGUGAUAUUGUGAGUGAAAUUUUGAUUGGUAUGUGUUUUUGCAUCUGGGUCAUCUUUUUGUGUUGAAUUUGGUUUCUGGGUAUGCUGGAAAUUGAGCAUUGAGCUUAUUGAAAUAACCAGAACCGAGAAAAUGGGAUCUUUUCCCAUUGUUGUUGCCGUUGGUAUCUUCCCUUUGGUUCUGAACAGAACUUAAUCUGACAAAGUCCAUUUGCAUCAUGAGCCAAGAUACAUGGUUUGUUAACAACGCAGGUCAAUGAAGAAAUCGAAAUGAGUGGGUUAGGUUGGAAUCACAGUCCAUGGGCACCCCUGACAAGAAGAUAUCUGAUCUUGUUGAUGUAGUUAGGUCCUGGAUCCCUCGAAGGGUCGAGCCACCAAAUGUGUCGAGGGAUUUUUGGAUGCCAGAUCAAAGUUGUAGGGUAUGCUACGAGUGUGAUUCACAGUUCACAGUAUUCAACCGCAGGCAUCAUUGUCGAAUCUGUGGUCGAGUUUUUUGUGCAAAAUGCACUGCCAAUUCCGUUCCCGCGUCUUUGCAUGAACCAAUUACUGGCCGUGAAGAUUUGGAAAGGAUCAGGGUCUGUAACUAUUGCUUUAAACAAUGGGAGAAGGGAGUAGCAGCAGCUGUCGAUAAUGGCACUCCCUCGGCAACCCCUUGUCUUAGCCCUUCACCGUCUUCGACAAGCUUGGUCAGCACUAAGUCCAGUAGCACCUGUCACAGUAGCAGCAGCACGGCCGGUUCAGUUCCUUAUUCAACCGGGUCUUAUCAGUGUGUGCCUUGUAGUCCACAUCAGUCUUCCCAAAUGAAUUCGACAACAGACGAGCAAGAAAAUUUAAAUUCGGGGAGGAGUACUAAUCCCUCUAUGGCUGUAGAGAAUUUGAAUUCUAACCAAUAUGGCUAUUGCUUCAACAGGAGUGAUGACGAGGAUGAUGAUUAUGGUGUGUACCAUUCCGACACAGAACCAAGGCAUUAUUCUCGUGCCAAUGACUAUGAUGAUAUAGUUAACAUUCAUGGGAUUGACCAUGUCUAUGGACCACGUAUUUCCGAUGGAGAUAACAUUCAGGAAAGAAGUUCGAGUUCCCUAGUGCCACCGCAGAAUCUUGAGCUAGAAGGGGCAGAUGGAAUUCAAGCACCGCGAAAAGAAGCUGAUGAACAUGAUCAUACUGAUGUAUGUGAAACAUCUCCCUAUCAUGAGGAGAAUAAUAAUAUGGAGCCUGUGGAUUUUGAGAAUAAUGGGCUUCUGUGGCUGCCUCCUGAGCCAGAAGAUGAAGAUGAUGAUAGAGAAGCUAUUCUUUUUGAUGACGAUGAAGAUGAAGGUGGUACUGGAGAAUGGGGAUAUUUUCGAUCCUCCUCCUCUAGCUUUGGUCCGAGAGAAUUCCGUAGCAAAGAUAAAUCGGGUGAGGAUGACAGGAAGGCCAUCAAGAAUGUUGUGGAAGGGCAUUUUAGAGCUCUGGUAGCUCAGCUUUUGCAGGUGGAAAACCUAACUAUUGACGAAGAUGGCAAAGAGAGUUGGUUGGAGAUAAUUACCACUUUGUCUUGGGAAGCUGCAACCCUUCUGAAGCCUGAUAUGAGCAGGGGUGGAGGUAUGGAUCCUGGUGGAUAUGUAAAAGUUAAAUGCAUAGCUUGUGGGCAUCGAAAUGAAAGCAUGGUGGUUAAAGGCAUUGUUUGCAAGAAGAAUGUGGCUCAUCGGCGAAUGACAUCAAAAAUUGAUAAACCACGUUUUCUAAUACUUGGAGGUGCAUUGGAGUAUCAACGUGUUUCUAACCAGUUAUCGAGUGUUGAUACUUUGUUACAGCAGGAGAUGGACCAUUUGAAGAUGGCAGUUGCGAAGAUUGAUUCUCAUCACCCUAAUGUUCUUUUGGUAGAAAAGUCGGUAUCUCGUUAUGCUCAAGAAUACCUUCUUGCUAAAGACAUCUCACUUGUUCUGAAUAUCAAAAGGUCGCUUUUGGAGCGUAUUGCCCGUUGUACCGGGGCACAGAUUGUCCCUUCAAUUGAUCAUUUGACCUCCCCAAAACUGGGUUACUGCGAAACAUUCCACGUGGACAAAUUUUUGGAGGAGCAUGGUAGUGCUGGACAAGGUGGAAAAAAAUUAACAAAGACUUUGAUGUUCUUUGAGGAUUGCCCCAAACCGUUGGGUUGCACUAUCUUGCUGAAAGGCUCUAAUGGGGAUGAGUUGAAGAAGGUGAAACAUGUAGUCCAAUAUGGAGUAUUUGCAGCCUAUCAUUUGGCGCUGGAAACAUCUUUUCUUGCAGACGAAGGUGCUUCACCUUUAGAGUUUCCCUUGAAAUCUCCCAUAACUGUUGCAUUGCCCGACAAACCAUCAAGUAUUGUAAAAUCCAUUUCAACUAUCCCUGGAUUUUCUGGUGUCUCUGGUAGAGGGCACCAGGGAGCUGAAACUAUUAAAGAAGUACCAAAGUCACUGGUAGGUGAAUUGACCCACAUGCAUGAUAUCUCCAAAGACGUCAACCAAGUAGCUCGAGAUAUGCCAUCUUCCCAUCGUAAUCGUUUCUUCCCAAAUACUGCUUUUGAGAAGGAUGACAAAGAAGGCCCGAAGGAAUCUUUUCAUUACAGACAAGAUGAGGGAAGGAAAACAAUGUUGCCUACUGAUCUUAUUUCAGAUUUUUUUGGCACCUUCGAGCCUCCAGGGAAAAACGACAAUAACCACAUCAAAGCUAUGGCAUUGGCUUCAAAUCAAGGAGCUGAUCCUGAGUCAUCUAUUGUAAAACAUGAUAAUAAUAUUGAUCCUGAGUCACCUAUGGCACAUUCAAAAGAGGAUUUUCCUCCCUCAACUUCUGACCAUCAAAGUAUUUUGGUCUUUUUAUCAACUCGUUGUGUGUGGAAAGGAACUGUUUGUGAAAGAUCCCAUCUUGUAAGAAUUAAAUACUAUGGAAGCUCUGAUAAGCCUUUGGGUCGAUUUUUGAGAGAUCAACUAUUUGAUCAGAGUUACACUUGCUGCUCAUGUGAAAUGCCACCGGAAGCUCAUGUUCAUUGUUAUACUCAUCGGCAAGGGAGCCUGACAAUUUCUGUCAAGAAACUAUUGGAGUUUCCUUUACCAGGAGAAAGGGAAGGUAAAAUCUGGAUGUGGCACCGGUGCCUGAAAUGUCCUCGUGCAAAUGGUUUUCCUCCUGCCACACGGAGAGUAGUUAUGUCUGACGCUGCGUGGGGAUUAUCCUUUGGGAAAUUCUUGGAGCUGAGUUUCUCAAAUCAUGCAGCAGCAAGCAGGGUUGCAAGUUGUGGUCACUCUCUCCAUAGAGACUGUUUAAGAUUCUAUGGAUUUGGGAAGAUGGUUGCUUGCUUUCGCUAUGCUUCAAUUGACCUUCAUUCUGUUUAUCUUCCUCCACCUAAACUUGAGUUCAACUAUGAAACUCAGGACUGGCUACAGAAAGAAGUGGACGAGCAGGUACAUAACAAGAAUGAAAUACUGUUUAGUGAAGUCAGCAGCGUUCUACAUCAAAUUUCGGAGAAGUUUUCAGGUCCUCUGCCGCAGAAGGGUGGAAAUACAGUGGCAGACUUUAAGCAUCUGAUUGCUGAACUUAAAGGAAUGCUGCAGAAAGAGAAAGAAGAAUCCGAGGACUUGUUAAAAAAAAUUCUGCAUAAAGAGGCCAAAGCUGGUGUACUCAUGGUUGAUAUUCUAGAGCUCUGUAAAUUGCGCAGGCAUAUCCUUAUUCUUUCUUAUGUAUGGGACCAGCGCCUGAUAUAUGCAUCCAAUCUAAAUAAAAUUACACUUUCAGAAGAUUCAAGGAACUCCUAUCAGAGAGAUAAAUUGAUUGGUUCUAGGGAAAAGGUCGUUGAGACAGAUGUGUCCACUAGGCCAGCAAGAGGUCAUAGCAGUUCUGAUUCCUUUCUUUUGGAAACAAAAUCUGAUGGAAUCUUUCUUUUGGAAAACACUAGCCACCUUAACAAAUCUGGUGAAAUGAUCAAAGGUGAGGACAACGGUAAAGACACAGAUCAUGGUAAGUUUGAUCUUUCUCUAUCUGUUGGUGCAAAUAUCAACGAUAAAUCAAACUGUUCGGAGUUUGGAGGAGUUGUACGAAGGACUUCGUCUGAUGGGGGAUCUUCUACCAUGGCUAAUUUAUCUGAUACCCUUGAUGCAGCAUGGACUGGUGAAACUCACACCACAAAUAUAUUAUACAAAGAAAAUGGUGUUCGAGCUCCAGAUGCAGCGGCUAUGACAGUUCAUUCACCUACAGCAGUAGUUACUGCAAAAUCCAAUCUUGAUAAUUAUACUGCCGACACUGGUGGGGUUGAAACAGGAUACACUCAUGACUCUAAAUCACAUUCCAAAGGACUUGAUAAUAGAUGGACUGGGAUGCCUUUCGCUAACUUGUGUUCAUUCAACAAAACAUCUGCAUUCAAUAUGCAGAAGCUUGUUGAUUACAACUUUGUCCAUGUUUUAUCAUUUCGAGAGUUGGACCGUCAGACUGGGGCUAGACUGUUUCUGCCUGCUGGCAUUAAUGAUACCAUAGUGCCGGUCUAUGAUGAUGAGCCGACUAGUGUUAUAGCGCAUGUGCUUGUAUCGAAAGAUUAUCAUAUCCAGAUGUCAGAAUCCGAUAGACCUAAAGACAAUUUAGAAAGUUCGGUUUCAUUGCCACUAUUCGAUUCAACAAGCCUACUUUCUCUCAAUUCUUUUGAUGAGACUAUUACUAAUAGCUACAGAAGUGUUGGAUCUUCUGAUGAGAGCAUGUUAUCCACUUCUGGGUCUCGGAGUUCACUGGUUGCAGAUGCACUCCAGUACUCAAAGGAUUUUCAUGCAAGGGUUUCUUUUAAUGAUGAUAGCUCCCUUGGAAAAGUGAAAUAUACUGUAACUUGCUACUAUGCAAAGAGAUUUGAGGCUCUAAGAAGAACUUGUUGCCCUUCUGAGCUAGAUUUUGUGCGGCCCCUUAGUCGUUGUAAGAAGUGGGGGGCUCAGGGAGGAAAGAGCAAUGUGUUCUUUGCAAAAACUUUGGAUGAUAGAUUUAUUGUUAAGCAGGUUACAAAGACAGAGCUUGAGUCAUUUAUCAAGUUUGCACCAGCUUAUUUUAAAUAUUUAUCCGAGUCAAUCAGUACAGGGAGCCCAACUUGCCUAGCAAAGAUCUUGGGCAUUUAUCAGGUAACAUCAAAACACCUCAAAGGAGGGAAGGAAACAAAAAUGGAUGUUUUGGUUAUGGAAAAUCUUCUUUAUCGGCGUAACAUUAGACGGCUUUAUGACCUCAAAGGUUCUUCUCGAUCAAGGUAUAAUCCAGAUACAAGUGGGAACAAUAAAGUUCUGCUGGAUCAGAAUCUCAUUGAAGCUAUGCCAACCUCUCCAAUAUUUGUUGGGAACAAGGCAAAGCGGCUUCUUGAGAGGGCCGUGUGGAAUGAUACUGCAUUCCUUGCUUCAAUAUAUGUGAUGGACUACUCGUUGCUGGUUGGCGUGGACGAAGAAAAGCAUGAGCUAGUUUUAGGCAUCAUUGAUUUUAUGAGACAAUAUACAUGGGACAAGCACCUUGAAACUUGGGUGAAGACCUCCGGCAUCCUUGGUGGACCCAAGAAUACUUCUCCAACUGUUAUAUCGCCACAGCAGUACAAGAAACGAUUCCGGAAAGCGAUGAGCUUAUAUUUUCUUAUGGUGCCAGAUCAAUGGUCUCCUCCAAGUUUACAAACCAGUGAGUCCCAAACUGACCUUUGUGAUGAAAAUUCAUGAGGUGGGGUGGGGCCCGUUUGUUUGAUAAUGUUCAAAGUUUAUAUUUUGUAAAUGUUAAGAUAAAGAUUACAGCUUUCAUUGACAUGGGAUUCUCCACCCUAUGUCUGUUCUUUUUUUCAUUAUACCCUCAAUAUAUGUUUGCUGCAUUUUAUUAUCUCACAAAUGCAGGUGUAAAUUUGUGUUCCUUAGACAAAACAUGGUAUAGGUGCACUUCCAAUGACCAGAGAAUGUUUGAAAGGGUAUGCUGGAUCAUGUCUAUCAAGGCUAAACUGUACAGUGAAUUGUUUUUAUUUUGUUCCCUCAAUUUUUAUAGUCUAUUUAAUCUUUUGCUUUCUACAAACUCUUGUCUUCAAAUUGUGAUUUACAUAAAAAUCAUGAUUUUCUGGUGGCUUUUUGUA